UGGAUUUUCCCAGCACUCAGUGUUUUUCCUUUUCUUUUUUUCCUUUUUUUUGGGUCUAUAUUGAAUUUCAAAAAACCACAAAUACGAGCAGCCACAUUUUCUGGUUAACCAAAGAAAAUUCUUUUAAAUGGUUUUUUCAGGCUCAUCAAAAAUCACUACCCACCAAAAUAAAAAGUUUACGGUAAGGGUAAAUUACACUGAUUAGAUGGAAAUGCCCCCAACACUAUAAAAGGAACGGAUGCCACCAGAAGGAGAAGGGAAAAAGAAAAAAGUUGCAGAUUAAGAAACUCAAAACGUUCGGGUUUCUAAUGAUUUCAUUCGUUGUUCUUGUUUCUUUUUCCGAUUGCUCUUGUACUUUUCAUCUUUUGUGAAUUAUAAGCAAGUAAAGUUUCAGAAUUGUUUGUUCUAUUAUGUUGUGUAUCAUCACGAGCUUAAUGGUGCGUCCAUUUUAGUUCUGGGUUCCUUUUCUUUUGUCUUCGAUGAGAUUUUGGAGGAUUGGCCUUGAUUCUAUCGAUGGCGGUUUCUUUAAGUUGUUUUUUUUUUUUUUCCCCUCAAGUUCAUGUUUGGUUGCCUGGAAAAAAUUGGCUGAGAGAACAGAGUACAAGGAAUUUGUGAUACUGCACAGCUUUCUGGAGAACAAUGGAUCGACAACUGGCAAGGAAAUCAGAUGCAGUGAUCUGCUAUAUCUCUGUUUGGGUCACAACCAAUUUACCACUUGACACAAUGACUAGUGGUUUUAAGGAUGAUGCAUUUGGCAGAUAGAUUGUGUCAUCCAUGGUGGUGCAUUUAGAAUUAGAUGGUGUUUUUGAAUAUUGCACAAAUAAGGUUAGAGACCUUGUUGCAAAUUAGACAUUGGGCAUCAAUUGAUUUUUAUGUACAAGAGCAGUUAGAAGAGAGAGAAGGAACAGAGUGCAUAGAGGAGGUAAAAUAACUGGAUCCUUGAAAAUUUGGGAGAACUGGAGCUUACGUGUAGUGAUGGGCUUGCCUCAAGUAUCAUCUGGUGGUAUUGCUGAGGAAGUUGCAGCAUCUCUGUGCACAUUCGUACAGAACCCAUCUCGAAUGGUGGCUAUUAGCAGCUGUGAUUUAAUUGGAGGGAAUUUAGGUAAUCGAAUGCAAGUGGAUUUGCCAUGUUCAUCUAUUGGAGACUUCCAAAGGAAAGAUAUUGGAGAAUUUCCAAAGGAUCACAGUGUCUCAAAUAUUCAUAGAGAUAGUAGACCAAAUAUACAUAGUUUGAAGAUGGAACAGAAUGGCUGGUUAACUCGUAAAACUGAAACUAAUUUUCAGAUGCAUGUUCCUAGGAUUUUAAGUGUGAAAUCAGGGGCAUUACAUUCACCUGUGAAUGUAUUCCGUGGAAGUCAGACUUCAUCUACUAUAGUUAGUAUCACCGGUAGUGCAAAAGAUAUAAAUGGAUCACUUGCCAGGAAACGAUUAUUGUCUCCUUUGAAUAAAAUGCUUCUUCAUGGAAAAUUUAAUGGUGACGUACUGGACAUUGAUGCUGGAGUUUCUGACAGUGACUUUCAGGGAGGAAAUGGUAUUAGGAAUAUCUCUUUCUCACAAGAGAAUAAGAAAGCUCAUAUUGGAAACUCUAGUCUUAUUAAUACUCCUAUUUCCUCUGCAUCUUAUUUUUCAGAAUGGAGAAAGUCACCAGAUGAUAAUUGUUGGGAGAGCUCUAUUUGUUGCACUGAUGGCCUUUCGGUGGAGCAUACUUCAGUUUCUUCACCUAGAAAUAAUUAUGGUGAAGAAACAACUGAAGAAAGUUUCCAAACUGGGGCCAUGGUAAUAUCUGCACAAGAGACAGUAACACCUUCCCUAUUUUUGUCUCCACUUGGUCCACACUCUAUAGAAAGAAGAAAAUUAGCUGGAGGAAGCAAGGAUAUCACAAAAAGGUUUGAUGACAAAUAUAUAACCUUAAAGGAUAUGAAACAUUCUCUUGAUGGAACUGUCCAUGGUCUUUUAUCUUCACAGAAAGAUGAGGACUUUCAAACAUCAUGCAAGUCAUUUCCUGAUUUUAGCUCUGGCAUGAUUCAGCACCAGGUUCAGGAUUCACACCAUACUUCUCUAAGUAGAAAAUUGACAAGAACUCUUAGAGAACUGCCUGUUAGAAGGUCCUUGGUUGGUUCAUUUGAGGAGUCCUUGCUCUCUGGACAUUUAUUAUCUGGAAAAGUUUGUCAGAGAAUCAAUGGUUUCCUUGCUGUCCUCAAUGUCACCGGAGGAAAUUUCUCACCACGGUCACAGAAGCUUUCAUUUGCAGUAACUAGUGUAGAUGGAGAUAACUACUUGUUAUAUUAUUCAUCCAUAAAUCUAGCUAGGCAUGUCCCAUCUAGCAAGUGUAGAGGUCCAAAAAUGAGGAGGAGCAAUAGAACUAAUGAUUCAAAAGCAGAAAAGAGCUGGUUGCGUAUACCUGUCAAAGGCUGCAUACAAUUGGUUCUUAGCAAUCCGGAAAAGACACCUAUCCAUACUUUCCUAUGUAACUAUGAUUUGAGUGACAUGCCAGCUGGUACCAAGACUUUUCUGCGGCAAAGGAUCAUUUUAGCCUCUUGUAAGCCAACUUCUACGUCAGGGAAUGGGCAGAGAAAGGAAUCUGACGUAAAAACUGAAAUCAAUAUUGGCCAUGUUCUACCAAUGAGGAAUGAGCCUGACAAUUUAAUUACUGGUGAUAUGUUACAUCUAGAGUCUCCUAAACAGGAAAAGGAACAUAUUGAAGCUAUUUACUGCAGCCAUUUUGAGGAUUCUGCCAAUUGUUCAGGUGAAGUGAAUGUUGACGAACAUCUAAAUUUUCCUGUUGAGGAAAAUAGGUCAAAUGCUAGUGUUGUGGAUGUGAGCAAAUCUGUAUAUAGCCCUUCUAGCUCUAAGGUCAAUGAGAACACUGCCAGUGCGGGUGCUCUGCGCUAUGCUCUUCACCUCCGUUUUCUAUGCCCUUUCCCCAAGAAAUCUUUCAGGUCUCUCCAGAGGAGUGAAUCUGAUCCCUUAUCUGCACCAGCAGCAAACGAAAUGGACAACAAAGGACAGCGACACUUCUACUUAUAUGGUGAUAUGAGAGUGGUUUUCCCUCAACGACAUUCAGACACAGAUGAAGGCAAGUUGCGGGUAGAAUAUGAUUAUCCAUCAGAUCCCAAGUACUUUGAGAUAAGCAACUGAAAUGCACAGCUCAAGACAGGCAGGCUGGUAGCGUUACAUUGCUUCUAUGUACAUAGUGUACAUGUCAUGUAGUUUCCUAAUUCAUUCUCUUCUCCCAUGCAAACUAAACUUAUUUACUUGUACAUAAUUCCUGUUUCCUUCUUUCAAUGAGUUGGCCAUUUAUUUUAAUUUUA